CAGACUUUGCCGCUGUACGGAGAACUGCGACCCGCGCGCCCAACCAUGACCUCUCUCAUCGCCGUAAGCUCCUACACCGACACCGACAUCCUCGCGCAUACGCCGAAGGGCGCGGAGAAUGACCAGGGCAUCACGUGCUUCUGGCUGGACCACGCGACGGGGUCCCUGAAGCCCGCGGGCGGCGCCGACGUCGGCGCGGCGCCCGCGUCCCCGCGCGACCCGCCCCGCCGGCUCGAGACCGAAACUCCCCUAGGCCCGAACCCGGCCUUCAUCCUGCAGCACCCGACGGAGAAGGACGUCGUCUACGCGUCGACGGAGCGCAUCGACGAGGACGGGUCCGUCUACUCGCUGCGCCUCGCGCGCGACGCCGCCGACGGCGUGAGCCUCCGCGUCGUCGACGAGGCGACCGCCAAGGGCAAGUCGACGUGCUACCUCGCCGUGGACAAGUCGGGCCGCUGGCUGCGGCUCACGAACUACUGGGAGGCGUCGGUCUGCGUGCUCCCCAUCGAGGGCGCGGCCAUCGGCGCGUGCGCGGACGCGCACUUUCUGCCGCCGGGGAACGCGUUGCAGCGCGCGGCCAAGGACGGAUCCCUCCAGCCCGUCGCCCCGCGCUGCGACCAGCCCUCGUCCUACUGCGUGUCGACGAAGCCGAGCCGCGAGGAGCACUGGACCUACCGCCAGCGCUGGCCCCACGCGCACUGCUGCGUCACCGAGCCCUACGAGAAGAAUUUCCACUUCGUCGUCGACCUCGGCGAGGACGCGGUCUACCACUACGAGAUGGACGAGGCCGUCGGCAAGAUGGCCUGCCUCGGCUCGACGCGCCUCGCCCGCGGCGGCGGCCCGCGCCACGUCGUCUUCCACCCGACGCGGAAGGCCGCGUUCCUGGUGAACGAGCUCGCGUCGACGGUGUCCUGCUUCACGGUCGAUUUGGCGAACGCGACGAAGCGCGGCGUCAAAUCCGAGACGGACGACGACGCCGUGCUCCGGCUCGCCCCCUGCGGGCCCCAGUCGACGCUGCCGGCGGGCUACGACAACGCGCACCACUGCGUCAACGGCAUCUGGAAGGCCAAGAGCCACUCGAGCGAGAUCCGCCUCGACGCCGCGGGCGACUGGCUCUUCGUCGGGAACCGGGGCCACGACUCGCUCGCCGUCUUCAAGGUGUCCUUCGACGCGGCGGGCCAGGUGGCGCUCGAGCUCGCGCACUGCCACCCGACGGGCGGCAAGUGCCCCCGGAACUUCGCGGUGCUCGACCGCCACGUCGUGCUGGGCAACCAGGACACGAACGAGCUCGUCGUGCUGGAGCGCAAUCUGGAGACGGGGUCCCUCGCACGCGUCUCCGCCGUGCCCCACAACUCGCCGAACUACGUCGCGCGGCUCGACGCGCCGCCGGCGCUGCCCGCGCUGCCGGAGGACCCCUCGGAGACGAUCCGCGCGCCGCUCGCCAAGUCGCCGUCGUCCAAGGCCUCCCUGCUCGACGCCUUCGCGCCGCCGGCGCCGGCCGCGCGCGCGCCGACGCCCGAGGCGCCCGCGGCCGCGGUCGCGGCGCCGCGCGCGCCCGUCGCGGCCGCCGUCGCCGUCGCCGCGCUCGCGGCGGCCGCGCCGGCGGCGAAGAAGGCGCCCGUCGCCGCCGCGGCCGACGGCGACGCGCCCGCGAAAAAGGCGCCGGUGAAGAAGGCGCCAGCGAAGAAGGCGCCGCCCAAGGCGGCGCCGAAGCCCACCGGGCCCGUCCUGACGAACAGCGCGCAAUACAGCCGCCAGUCGCAGUACGAGCUCGGCUGGUUCGGCAAGUUCGACGACGCCAAGACCGGGGACGAGCGCAGCAAGAAGAUCCUCGCGCGAUUCGACAAGGUCGGCGGCAACGGCGAGCAGGCGCGCACGCCCGAGCGCGUCCGCGCGGAGAUCGAGGCCAUCGAGGCGCGCAAGGCCGCGGCCGUCGCGCGCAUCAAGGGCGGCAACUAGAACUGUGUGUCCAAGUAAAGCAUCA